AUGUUUUCAUUUUGGACCAAGGGUCCGCAAUGGCUCUCUCAGAGAAUUCUACCGAAAUCGGAGAAGAUCGGUAAGAUCGUAUUCGCGGAAGCGAUUCAGGAAGCGAAGAAGUCGAGCGACAGGGCGAACGUCUCGACAAAGUCAGCUACAACCUCGAGGCCGACGACAUCGCACAUAUUGAACGAGAGGAAUUUCUCGACUUGGCCCAAAGCAGUGAUUCCGAUCGUCUAUAUUCUCAGAUUUUCCAGCAUCUGGAGAAAAAACAAUAAUUCAGAACUCGGUGUUGCUAUAAGCGCUUCGGAAUACGCAGUAGCGGAGAAAGCCUUGAUAAGGGAUAUCCAGAGAGUUUGUUCCCCUAUGGAAAGCAGCUCGAGCUGUAAAAAAUUAUCGAAAUCAAGCAAAAUAUUUCUAUACAAUCCCAUAGUGGACGAGAACGGAAUUAUUCGAUGUAGAUCUCGAUUAGAAAAAUCCGGCGACCUUUCGUUCGGCGGGAAAUUUCCGAUCCUUCUGGACGGAAGGAAUUACUUCGUAAAAUUGCUGAUAGCACAGAUUCACGAGCGCAUCUGCAAGCACGCUCAGGGCAUAUCUACUAAUUUAAACCAUGUGCGCUCCGAAUUCCUGAGUCUGAAGGCCAGAAGCUCGGUAACCAGAGUCCCCAGAAACUGUAGGCUAUGCGCGCGGUUCAGAGCUAAGGCCGGCUCGGAGAUAUCACCGCCACUACCAGCUUUUCGUAUCGAAGAAGCGCCCCCAUUCAGCGUGACAGGGAUAGACUUCGCGGGCCCCCUCACAGUGAGGGAUAACCAGGGCAAUAAAUUCAAGGGUUACAUAGCAUUAUUCGUGUGCCCGCUGUCACGCGGUAUUCAUCUGGAGGCGACUCCGGAUUUGUCCACGUUCGAGUUUCUGCUGGUACUCAGGAAAUUCAUUAGCGGAUUCCCAUCCGUAACCACAAUCAUGUCAGACAACGCAGCAACUUUCAAACGAGCCGAGAAAGAGCUAGAGAUCGCGUACGCGAAUAUCUCGAAGCCAGAGGUUCAACAACUUCUGGCGAAAUCUAGGAUUAAGUGGGAGUUCAUAACGGAUAGAGCGCCAGUUCAGGGAGCAUUCUGGGAAAGGAUGGUCCAACUCGUGAAGAAGCCGUUAAGGAAGGCGCUGGGCACGAAUGUCCCGCGUUUUCGGGAGUUAGAAUCGAUUCUAGCGGAGAUCGAGCUAUGCAUCAACCUACGGCCGAUUUCACCGUUACCUUCCAACAAUUGCGACAUUCGCGCGUUAUGCCCUGCGGACCUGCUAUACGGAUACCAUGCCAAGGCACGGUUCCCGGAUUCGUCAGUCAUUAAAGUAUCGGAUCCGAAGGAAUCCCAUUCGAUCCUCCUCACGAGAGCGUGGAGGAGACAGCAGAACAUUCUAAACAGCUUCUGGAAGAGAUUCCAGAUCGAAUAUCUUCAGCAGCUGAGAUCAGCACACGAAAGGAAGCCCAGGGCGACCCACCAACUCGAAGUUGGAGACGUGUGCAUACUCGCGGACCCGAGCCCUUCUAGGAGCGUCUGGCCUAUCUGUAAAAUCGUAGACCUCUUCGGAGGACAAAGGACGGAUCUUAGGCAUAGAUCGUGCAUGAUCCAGCUCAGCAAUGGGAAGAUAUUCAAACGACCCAUAUCUAUGAUAUAUCCUCUUGGGAUCAACGAGCUCUGA